AUGACAGAAGUGAAAGGAACUCCCAUCAUUAAAGGUUCACGAACAAUGCAAAUAACUGGUUUAUAUAAAGGACGGGCAAUUAUUAUAAAAGACUCUUACAGUGUUAUAAAUAAGAAGCUUAAACUAUUUCCUGCUAUGUUUAACUUACAAACAGGACCGAAAGAAGUAUUUCCAUAUAACUACUACAGCAGUGUUUUGUUAGCAAAUGACAACAGAACUGGUGUCAUUUCUGAAGCAUGUAAGUUUGUCAAGGAUGCAGAUACAUUUAUGAAGAACAUAGAUUCCAUCAAAGGUUGCAGAAUAGAUGAGAACCACUUCGACUUAGAAAAAUAUAGCACGUUUUACUGCAAACAAGAUGUAAGAAUUUUAAGAGAAGGUUUUGUAAAGUUCCGCAAUGACUUAUUGAAAGAGUUUGAUUUAAACGUUUAUGACUACGUUAGUAUUUGUUCUAUUGCUAACAAAUUGUUUGAGAACAGAGUAUACUUCCCGAAUGGAAAUCUUUAUGACCUCUCAAAUAAACCAAGAGAAUUUAUUUCGAGAUGCAUUCAAGGUGGAAGAUGUAUGUUGUCAGAUAACAUUAAACAAAAGAGCAAAAAGAAACUCAUUGCUGACUUCGACGCUGUUUCAUUAUAUCCAUCAGCUAUAGCAAGACUUUAUACUUUAGAAGGAAUUCCAAAAGUAUUGAAGGAUGAGAUGUUAAGCACAGAGUAUCUCAUGAGACAUUUAUUCGAUGACGACCAAAAGGAACCCAUUGGUGAAAAGUUUAUGUCUGGCUUCUUUGUUCUCAUUAAGAUAACAGAGAUUGGAAUACAUAGACACUUUCCUUUAAUAGUUUGUGACCCUGAACUAAAUCCAGAACUUAACGUUCCCAGAAGUUCAAACACUUGCUGUUUAAUGUAUGUUGACCAUAUAACAUUACAAGACCUCAUAAAAUAUCAAGGUGUCAAAUGUGAAGU